AUGUCUUUAGUUCUAGAGAUCAACUCAUACUUCGAUAAUACACCCGUUUUGGAGUGGUCAUAUCAUGGUUUUUUAAAUGCUUUGAAACCUUACUUCAUAUCUGAUCAAAAUUCAAUUGAGAACCUAAAUUCAAUAAUAAGGAAGCGAUAUUUAGCUUAUUUAAAGAACUUUCUGGAUGUAAAAGAGAAACAAGGUUUGCAAAUCGGACAUUAUGAUGAACAUUAUGAUUUUGUAACUCUUCUUUUGCGACAGGGGUUCCGUUCCUCUUUGAUUCCUUCUCGCGGUGGGUGCCGUUCCUCGCGUUUCGUUCGUCUGUUGCUGGGGUGCACGUGGGGUGCACGUCGGGUGCACGUCGGGUGCCGUUCCUUGCGUGUUUUUUGCGCGUUUUUACGCGUUCCUUACGCGUUCCUUGCGCGUUCCUUGCGCAAGGAACCUGAAACGCAAAAAUUUUGGAAAAUUGUCGAACAAGAGAGAGAUCUAGAAAAUGAGUUCGAAAACAAAAAGAUUAUUGUCAAGCGUAAAUUACAAAUAGACGGGUUGGAUUUGGUUCAUGUCUCUCGUCAGCAACAAAAUUUCGAACUUGUUUCUGAGUUAAAUUCAGAGAUACGAAAAAAACCGCGUUUUAAAGUAGGUGCAGAUGCGUCACAAUCUUCAGAGUCAAUAGGAAUAGGUGCAAGGUCUAGUAAUGAUGUAAUUAGCCUCAGGGAUGAUAGGCCAAGCACCCCGACUCAUCAAAUAUACUCUACGACUACAAAUCAGGACAUUCUUGAUCGGCUACUUAAAGAAAAACAGCGAGCUAAAUCGACAUU